AUGGAUCCCGAGGCGGCGGGGGACGAGCUGUCCCGCUUGCGCUCCCUGUUCCUGGCGUGCGACGCCAACGGCUCGGGCCGCAUCGAGCGGGAGGACUUCGCGGCACUGUGCGCCGAGCUGCGGGUGCGGCCGGCCGAGGCCGAGGCCAUCUUCCAGCGCCUCGACAGCGACCGCGACGGGGCCAUCACCUUCCCGGAGUUCGCCCGUGGCUUCCGCGGAGCCACGCGGCCGCAGCCCGGCGGCGGCGAGCCUGGGGGCGAGGAGGGCGACGGCGAGGAGGCGGCCGCGUGGGUCGCCGCGGGGCUGGAGCAGCCCUGGAAGGACUUCGAGGUGCGGCUCGGGGACGAGGCGAGGUACAUCCCCAGGCAAGAGCAGGUCAGUGUUCUGUAUCAGAACAUACACAUAGCGGAACCAAGAUUAAUCCAGUCAUACGAGCAUGUAAUUAAGAACUUCAUCCGGGAGAUCAAACUUCAAAGCACAGAGAUGGAAACUUUGGCCAUAGCGGUAAAAAGAGCUCAGGAGAAAGCAGCAGUUCAGCUCAGUGAGCUAGAGGAAGAGAUGGAACAACGGAUACAGGCUGCAGAGCAUAAAGUUAAAAAGGAAGAGAAGCGAAAAGCUGAAGAAGCACUAAAUGAGCUGAAGCGCCAGUAUGAUACUGAAGUUGGGGAUCUUCAGGUGACAAUAAAAAAGCUUAAAAAGCUGGAGGAACAAUCCAAAAAUGUAAAUCACAGGGAAGAUGUGGGUGAACUGAGAAAAAGAAUGCAUGAUAUGUUCCUGGAAAAUCAGAAACUUAAGAAAGAUCUUUUAGAAGCGCAGACAAAUAUAGCUUUUCUACAGAGUGAAUUAGAUAGCUUGAAAAGCGAGUAUGCAGAUCAGUCUUUGAACACUGAGAGAGACCUAGAAAUUAUCCGUGAGUAUACUGAAGAUAGAGAUAAUCUGGAAAGACAAAUUGAAAUACUGCAAUCAGCUAAUAGAAAGUUACAUGACAGUAAUGAUGGUUUAAGAAGUGCACUUGAAAACAGUUUCAGCAAGUACAACAGAUCAUUGCGGUUAGCAAACACCUCACCAGGAAGUACCAAUUCUAGAAGCAGUCCUAAAUUUAAUGGUGGACAUUCUCCUUUAAAUCCACGGUAUGACAGAUCAUCUCGUUCGUCUUGUGUGGAUGAAGAUUUUGAUUCUUUAGCCCUUUGUGAUCCUAUGCAAAGGAUAAACUGUGAAGUUGACAGCUUACCUGAGAGCUGUUUUGACAGUGGUUUGUCUACCCUGAGGGAUUCAAAUGAGUAUGAUUCAGAAGUGGAAUACAGGCAUCAAAGGAUUUUUCAAAGGUCACAGUGUAUGCAAGAAGGCUUUGGUGGUGAUGCUUCUGAUACAGACGUUCCAGAGAUCAGGGAUGAAGAAGCAUACAGUCCUGAUAACAGCACUGCAGUAUUAGACUGGAAGCCCUCACGACCAGUAAGUCGAAGCAGCUCAAUUGCUUCAACAAGGAAAUACAUAUCUGCUCUCACUCCCCAGUCAGAUACAGCCGAAUGCACUCCAAAAUACCCCAGUUCAGAGAAGGCUUACAAGAUUGUUCUUGCUGGAGAUGCAGCAGUGGGAAAAUCCAGUUUCCUUAUGAGACUUUGCAAGAAUGAAUUUCGAGGCAAUACCAGUGCAACUCUGGGUGUGGAUUUUCAAAUGAAAAGAUUAAUUGUUGAUGGAGAACCUACAGUGCUGCAACUGUGGGAUACGGCGGGGCAGGAGAGAUUCCGAAGUAUUGCUAAAUCAUACUUCAGAAGAGCAGAUGGUGUCUUACUACUAUAUGAUGUAACAUGUGAAAAAAGCUUUCUUAACGUGAGAGAAUGGGUGGAUAUGAUUGAGGAUGCAACACACGAGAAUAUUCCAAUUAUGAUGGUGGGAAACAAGGCAGAUCUCCGUCAAGCUGUUACAGAACAAGGGCAGAAAUGUGUGCCUGUAAACUAUGGAGAAAAGCUGGCUAUGGUAAGGUCAAAGUGUACCUCUUUAGUAUAA